AUGUCUACAGCAACCACCACCCUCCCCUCAGCCUGCUGCCGCGCCGGCGCCGGCAAAGACACCACCACCACCACCUGCGCCUGCGCCGCCCAAGCUACCUGCUCCUGCGGCAAAGAAUCCGCCCUGAACUGCACCUGCGCCAAGGCCUCUGUCGAGAACCGCGUCGAGGGCGUGAGAUGUUCGUGUAAUCAAAGACCAGCAGGCGAGUGUACCUGCAGUCGGAAGGAGACCGAGAAUGCGAAGGUUGAGGCAGGCGAGGCGUGUGGGUGUGGGAAGAGGGUGAGGGAUUCGUGUACGUGUGGUGGGAGUGAGGCUGCGGUGGCGGCGGGGAGUGAGUUGGAGACGGAUUUUACGGGGAGGAAGUGA